AUGCUUCAGCAGGGUGAGGAAGAACCCCUUCGGGAGUAUGCAGCCCGUUUCAGCCACGAUUACUCUCAUUGCUCAGAGACUGACGAUUGUGUUGCCUUCGGCGCUUUCAAGAGUGGCCUCCGCGAGUCCAACUUCCGGUACCUGGUCCACAGCAAUCCUUGGAACACAUAUGUAGAGCUAAUGAGGCAAGCAGCCGUUCACGCCAAGGCCGAGUAUUUCAACUCCAAGCGUGGCCCAGCCACCUCUGCACGCAGCACUAUUGGUGAUCUUCCACCUACUUUGGUACCUACCCCAGCCCCACCUCAACUUUCUAUUCCCACCCCAGAUAACCAAGGUACCCCGCACCCAAAAAGGAAGGAUAGCUACCUGCAUACCUUCAGCAGUGGCAAGCGUGGCAGACAUGGCAAUCACCUAGUACAUGAGGCACCUGUCAUGCCCAAGCCUCCCCCCCAAAGACCGUCCAACAAGCCUAUGACAAACACAGGUGUCUUUUGCCAUUUUCAUCAGUUCAGUGGCCACGAUACUGAAUCUUGUUUUGCCUUACGCAACAUCAUUGAAGGACUUAUUCGCGAAGAGAAGUUGGAUAAAUAUGUGCACAACCUUCCACCCCUACCUAACCCUCACCAAAGGCAGAUCAACAUGAUCUCCACCAUCAACGGUGGUCCCACGUUGGCCGGAACCUCCAACAACUCCAUCAAACACUAUGUCCAUUCUUCCUAUGCGCACCAGGUCUUCAGCACUGAGCACGGAUGCCUGCCUAAGACGCAAAAAUCAGGCUGGGCCCCCAUCACCUUCUGUAAGGAGGAAGAACGUGGUGUCAUUCUCCCACAUGACGACCCUCUCAUUAUCCACGUAAACAUUUCUAACUUUGAUGUUGGACGUAUUCUGGUGGACAUUGGCAGCUCGGUUAGUGUGAUGUUUGCUGAUGCUUUCAACGAGCUCCAGGUCCCUGCUCACUUGCUAGACCGAAGCAUCGCACCCCUUUGGGCGACGAUCACCACUCCCUUCCUCAUUGUUGAUUGCCCCACAGCCUACAACGUCAUCCUUGGGCCCCUUGCCUUGGCCCAAAUGAAGGUUUUCAUAUCUACACAUAUGCUGCUGCUGAAGUUCCCUACGCCCCAACUUGGCACCAGAAGCUGCUAUGCUUCAGCAGUGAAAUCCACCAAUCACCAACAUCGGGGUGAGGCCCUAGUAGUAACCAAUGCUCCAGCCCCUGCUCAAGCUGGCACUGAACGACUUGAAGACCCAAGGGAGGAAUCUGUCACCCAGCAGGCUGAGCUUGUAGAAGACCUUGAGCUGGUUACCCUCCAUGACGACAUCCUGGAUUGGCACCUCCCUCUCACAAGAGCUUCGCUUUGA